GGACAGUAAUGCAGAACCAGUAUAAGUAGUAGCAACAUUUUGUAAGAGUAAUUCAGUAUCAGUACCAGUACUUGCAAUUCACUUCAGUACGUACUGCAGUACCAGUAAGAGUACUAGUAAUGUAGCUCUGGUAGCAGAUAAUAAACCAUGAUCGGGUGGGGAGAAGGACUGUUGAAUCCUCGCUAAAGAAAACAAUGAAUUGAGGCGGUUAAUAGCGUUUUACUACAACAUUAAAGUUAAAGGUGAUGCAAUCUGAUUAUUACAAAAAUCAUCCUUUCAUCGCUAAAAAAUAUUCACACGUAAAAGUAGAUAUUUCCGCAUAUUUUGUCAUCCUAAACCUUAAAAAGAUAAUCUUAGUUAUUAUCUAACAUGUGCAUCAUUUGUAUUAAUGAACCAAUUUCCUCCUCAAAGUAUUACAGGUAGUUAAGUAGGGUCCUAGAAGGUUAUCGUUUAAUCAAAUUUAAAAUGUUUGCAGUGCCUGCAAUUAUCUUUAUAUAAUUUAAUAAAAUUAAUGUUUUGUAUAAUUGUUUCGCAAUCAUUAUUUCUCUGCGCAAAGAAGAUUCCUCAUACAAUACAGGAUCUAUUUUUAUUUUUAUGUCAUUUAGAUUUUAAAUGAUUUGUUCGAAAAUAUUUUAAACAAUGCGAAAAAUACACUUAAAUGCAGGAUCAUUUUAACAUUACUACAUUAUCUGUUUCUCUUGUAAUGAAAGGAGUAAGUAGUAAUUAACAUUAAAAGCUUUAUAUUAUGGAUAUAGUACUUAAAUAUAAAAUCUCUGAGCUAAAAAAGAAAACAGCAACAACAACAAAGCAAGAGCAACAACAACAUAUUAAAGAAAGAAACAGCAACAUAACUCUUGACACGCAGUGUACGUCCACGAUUCAGAAUAAUUUUAGUUUGAUUUCUUGCAUUAACAAUAAUGGAAGCACCAGCAACAAAUACUCUUGUAGUUAUUCACGCUUGUUUGAAGCCGUUUGGAAAACAAAGAAUUAGUGUAGAGUCGUAGGAUCUGUACCUGGAUUCUCCAGCUUAUUUAGUCAACUAAUUAAAACAAUUAAUAUUUUCUUUAAUUGUUUUUCAACAUUAUUUAAUUAUGAAUAAAAUAUUAGUUCGUCGCAAUUAACAUGAUUGCAGCGGAAUCAUUGAAUAGAGAUCUCUUGUCGAGGUCCCAUUAAUUGUUUGUAGGCUAAAGAAUCGGCCUUUAUCUCUAAAAUAGGGUUUUCACUGUAUAUUGUACAAGUAUAAAAUCUUAAAUAAAUUGAUAUCUUAAAUUGCCUUGUAUAUACAGUUUAUGUUCAGCGUCUCGGAAUAGGUAUUUGUAAAACUAUCUUUUUUACACAAAUCUUUAUAUUAACUAUAAAUAAUUUACACAUAUAUUUACCAACAGAUCUUCAAUAUUAAUUAUAACGAUUUUUCACGUGUUAUAUGGUCGUUUACAAACGGGCCGUCAAGAAUCUUAUCUUUUUGAAUAGUUUAUAAUACAGCAAACUCCUUUAUAAGAGAAAAAAAUAUUACUGCAUAAAUUGAUAGCAGCCGAGUUAACAGUUUAUUUAAACGUCACGAUGAUCCAAUAAUAAGCGACGUUACAAACGUGCAUAAAUAAAAAGCUGUGCAGAUGUAUAGGGUUACAUGAAACAAAUAAUGUUGGUUAGCCUUGAUAUGACGAUAUACAGUUUAUCAGCAGUGCUAUAAAGGCAUUCGGGGAAAGCUAGCCAUCUACUAAUGUGAUAAAUUCGGAUUACAUGCCUGUAUACAAUGUUUAAGAUAAUUCCAACGCCAUUUGUGAAUACAGUUUUGUUAGGAAUCAUAUAUAUUCUGACAACAACAACUUCGGCUUCAGCAGAUGAUAAUCGUAUAAAUUACAUCAUUAGUACUAAAACUGGGUCUAAGUUUUUCUUAAAUGCACUUCCUACCGUUUACAUAACUUUGUUUGGAGCGAAGGGAGAAACACCAAGAAUACAACUUAAUGGAACAUUUAAGAAUGGUGAUGUAGAUACAUUCAACGUUUCUGCCCGAGAUAUUCGACCGAUAGAAAAGAUUCAGAUCGAACUUCACGGUAGAUUGUGGAUUUUCAGUCGUUGGCCACUUGAAUAUGUAUCUAUUAAAGUAGGACAUAUUCAAAUCUUUUACGCUAGUAGUCGUAAAGAUAUCCCAAAUCUUUGGGCCAAAAAUCACUCACUGAAUAUGACCAAUGAAGUGUUUAUAUCAAAGUACUGUAACGAAAGUGGAGCCUAUCAGGACCCUGUUUACAACUGCACCAGAUCUUCAAUUGUACAGAUUUACAGAAAGCUGAUUGAGGACAAAAAGAAUCUAGAUCAGGUGUUUAUUAAUGAGAUUUUGGACAACCUAUCAAAUGCUACAUCAGAUACCAACGAGAAUAACACACUUCUGAUCGGAGAUAUAGCAACUGCUAUUGAUAUACUUGAACUGAUAACAGAUGUUUUCCCGGUCAAUUCAACACGCCUUGAAAAUAUAACAGAUUCAUAUAUACAAACAGUUAACAAUAUUCUUGACGAAAGUACCACACAGACAUGGAAGACGAUUAUAAAUAAGACAGGUUCCGGGGCGGACAGUAUUCUGAAGACAACAGAUCGUUUUGUGGAGAAGAUCUUGACAACGUCCAAAAAUGUUACUGUUAAAAUAUCAAAGCCAAAUUUAUAUUUAAAUAUGGGAUCAGUGCAAUUUUCUAAGAAUGCUUUUAAUUUCCCCAAGCGUGAAAAUGAAGGUAUCCCUGAUUGGGCUAGAUCAAGAAAGGAUAGGCUGGAAAUUGACUGUGAUAGCACAGUUGAGUCUUUUAGUGGAAUAAUGUACAGAAAUCUAUCAAUGAUUAUUCCACCAUCAACUAACAAUACUAUGUCCGAGGAUCUACAGCUGAAUGCUCCAGUUAUAUCAUUUACAUUAUAUCCCAAUCAUGAGCGACAGCUUGCAAGCCCGGUUAAAAUUAAAUUUCAGUUGUAUAAUGUAAGUAACCUUUUUCAUAUCCCAAAUAGUACGAAUAAUUUUCAGUGA